AUGCGGCCAUUGACGGAAAGAUUAGAAGCCCGCUUCGAGCCGCGGGUCGCGGAGUUCGGGACCCACUGCCCCCCUGUCAAGCUGUCACCAGGAAAAGUGACAGCGCCUGACAGCAACCUGACAGCGCUAAUCCCGGUUCUCGACCCUCGAGCAAACUUGAAGCUCGCCACUAGUUCUGGUGCUCGGCGUGACCCGAGUGGAUUUAGAGGAGCGUGGAGUAGCGAUGGGUCAGCUUGGACUCGAAGUGGGCGGGCUCCACCAAAAAAAAAAGGUUUCCAGUACUUGGGCGGGGGGAGAGCGGAUGUCGAUGGUUCGGAGGACUCGGAGAGAGAUGACGUUGACAUCGAUGGAUUCGAUGAUGCAUCCUUCGACCUCUGUCGACUUUGCGACUUCCGAUCAAUCAUCUCUACAUCUACAAAAGAGCUCGAUCAGACCGAUGGUUGGAGAUUCACACCGGGGUGGUACGCCGUUCGACGCAGGGCACGUUUUGAGAACGCCGAGCGUUCAAGGGUGAUCGUGGGCGCGUGGGUGGGGACAUAUGUAUAUUCCGAGUCGACGGACAGAGAUCCUACGAGGGCGGCAGAUUCACGGUGGCACGGAAGAUGCAUAGACCCGUUGGCCAUGGAGAAGAAGCACUACAUGAUUCGGGUCUUCCCCUUCCGACGCCGCUACGUUUUCUGGACCAACUCCGAGCCUUCGCGGGAACAACGAAGAGGAGCCCGUUGUAUCGUUGACGCGCGUCAUUAUAGAGUCAACGUGGUCAACGUGGUGAAGGCUAGCAAGUUGCCGAGGACGCGAGAAUCUGAGAAGAAUCUAAAGGACAGGCUGCGAUUGGCGUGCUACGGAUGUCUGAGAAGCAGAGAUGCGACACGAAUGCGGAUGCGGGCGGAGAGCUCAGAUAGAGGAACGGGCAUGAAAGUUUCAUGGCAUAAGCAGGCGCCGAGCGCCGAGUGGUGGAAGGAAGUGGGCAUGGUCAUUCCAAAGGGGAAUCUGACCUUGGAGAAGGAGAGGCAGCGCUCGGAAUAA